ACGGGACUACAAGCGAGCGCUCACUGCACAGGUUCAAAACAAAGUUCCUCUGAUCGUAUACCAUGAUGUCUGUGUUCGUAUAAUAUUAUUCAGUGAUGUCUGCGCUGGUAUUACAAAGAUGAUCAGCUUUCAGCCACCAGCACAAAGUGGUCACAUCAAGUCUGUUUCCAAGAAAGAGCUCUUUGAUCCAUGCUUACAGUGAAGAGAGACGCCACAUUAGAGCAUCACUGCAGUCAUCGGGAGCAGAACCCUCACGCCAGAUAGUCAUUCAGAAUAAAAGAAGACACUGGUUUUCCAUUGUGCAAAUGCGAUGGCCAAACGCUUUGUUCAGUCUGUCUGAAGCUGCAUGUGGCAUUGCACCCCGCGCGGUACUACGGAGCCCUCCCUACCAUACUUUACCAGCAGCUGUGACACAACGCUGGCACUGAAGCAGAAAAGACCUACUGAUGGGGCAAAUGUUGCUGCGAAGAGAAGGAAAGUCAUGGAGAGUUGUGAUAAAGGAUACAGUGAAGCUCAAGAGGUCCCAUUCACACACAUUCUUUACAACAGGAAGUUCUGCGAAAGAUUUGCCCCUAAUCACAUAUUAAAUAAAAUUAAUAAAGAUUAUGCUGGUAUCCUGACACUGGCAGAGGACAUAUUAUCAAAGAAUGUCGGUGUGGAAGAUCCGCAAGAUGUAGCUUUAACUAGAAUAAUUGACAUGCCAGAUUUUAUAAAUAUAAUUAAAAAGAUAAUUAGCAAUUACAAAAGGCUAUCUCUAAAGUAUCUUCUAAAUAACUUUUGUAAAAGCAACAUCUUGAGCAUCAGUGCAACUUCUCCAGAAAAGUGCUAUAUUACUGCCGAUAUUAUUCCUACAGUGAUGAGUUAUGCUUAUCCAGAAUGUGAAGAUGGUCAGACUCAAGAAAUUCUUUUGCAGCAAGAGAUGCAGGCCAUCAAAAGCCCAGCCUUCGAGACUACAUCUCCCCUGGGAUGGCAGCAAGUGUUUACAGUCCUUGUUGCAGUACUGCGUCGCAUCAUCCCAAAUGAAGUUUGGGGAUCUUCACAUAACUUUUGCAUUAUGAAGAGGGCAGUCAAGAAAAUUUUGAUGUUGGGACGUCAUGACAAGUUUUAUCUUGGGUUUUUAAUGAAAAACAUUAAAACAAAAGAUUGCAGAUGGGCUACAUCCCUCAGGAGCUUCAGUGUGAUCACAAAUCUUGUGGCUAAGGUGUAUUUAUGGAUCAUGACACAAAUUGUAUUUGCUACAUUGCGUGGAUCAUUCUACAUUACUGAACAUGCCAGUUGCCGUAACCAGCUUUUGUAUUAUCGCAAGUGUGUGUGGCAGAAGCAACAUGACUAUGCAUUGAGUGCCAUGGUAAAUAGUGGCUCACUUGAGAAGCUUAGCCAAGAAAAAGCAGUCACAUACUCUCAUUUGACUGCAAAAAAGGGAUCAAUUCCUCGAAUCAGGUUUAUACCUAAAAUGCAAAAUGCAAGACCCAUUGUUCCACUUCGCAAAGGUGGAAUGCCCCCAUCGCUUUUAUAUCAGGCCCGUAUUUUUUUGAAUGAACUCAGUAAAGGUUGCAAGAAGGGAAGUUUCAAAGCAAAAAAUGCCUAUGAACUGCAAAAUGCUUGGCAUAUGUAUACUAAAAAAUUAAUGGCAACUAAAUUUACUAAACCAUUGUAUUUUGUGCGUGCUGAUGUACAAGAUGCAUAUGGAUCAAUUUUACACUCCAAACUAUUUGAGUUAUUGAAAAAUUGUGUUGAUAAUUUAGCUCCUAAACUAAUGUUGGGACAAUAUGCAUUAAUGCUGGACACAGGCAAGGUAUCAAAGAAAACUGUUUACAUCCUUUUAGAUGAUAAGAGGCAACCUACUAGGUCACUUGUGAAUGGAGAAGAGAGACUAGUAGAAAUAGGUUCUCCUAUUAUUGUUCAGCCUCAAAAAAUUUUUAAUGCAAUAAAAAAUUUAGUAAGUAAUCAAGUAAUCACCAAUGGGUCUCUGCUACUGCGAGUGGCUCGUGGAGUGCCUCAGGGAGGGACACUAUCUGCUGCUCUUUGUGAAUUUUAUUAUGCUUCCAUGUGUGCCAAUCAUUUUUCAAAGUACAACAUUGGGACCAAUAUGCUUCUCCGUGCUGUGGAUGAUUUUCUUUUCAUAUCUCAAUCUCGUGAUGAAGCAAAGAGAGUGUUGGAGCAGACAGUAUGUGGUGUUCCCGAUUUUAACUGUCACAUGAAUAGAGAGAAAACCUUCCACAAUAUUGAUAACCAAAUUGUAUUCCGUGUACCAUUUUGUGGUGUGAUUGUUUGCUUGAAGUCUCUCCAACUUUUAGUACACGCUUCUGGUUUGGCAAAUGGAUACCCAAGGUAUUCAAUGCGUCUAAAUAAAUUUAAAGCCCCUGGAGACUUUGUGAAACUUAGGUUACAACAAGUAACCCUGGCACGUCUCAAACCUCUUGUAUUGGAUCCCUCAUACACAAAAUGCUCAGGGCUCAUUGCUAAUGUCUGGCGAAGUGGAAUUAUGGCUGGGGCAAGACUGAUCACUUUGUUGCAUUGUGUCCUGUCACCAAGAGGACCUGUUAAUACUAAAUUUGUUGCUUGCAUGGUUAUUAAGGUGGGAUAUAAAGUUUGUAGACAGGUUAAGUCAGUAUUCAAACGAGGUAAUGUUAAUUUAACAAUUCCCGAUGAAGUAAUUUUGAUAACUUAUGUCGGUGGAGUAUGCACAAUGAUGAAAUGGCCAAGUUUACCAAAGUGGCCUUCAAUACACACAAAUCUGAAGAAGUUCUUAAAGAGGAUGCUGGUAAGAGUGCCAAGUAAUAUGCAGAUGUUACUACCAACAAUUCCCCAGACUACAUAAUUUUGAUAAUUUAAGCUAAUUAUUUUUACAGAAUAUAUUUCCCUUAUUAAUCUCAAUACCAUUUUCUAUAUGCAGUUUAGAAGAUGCGGUUCCCAUGGAACUUUGUUGGGACUUUUUUUGGGCUCGUAUAAACAUUCAACUUGUUCACAGGCUGUUUAUGCCACCUCAUUUACUACUUUUUAAGUUAACUCUUUAAUGAAUGUCACACUAAUGUAAAAGUCCGAUUCUAAAACCUAAUGUUGUUUGAAGAGAUACUGUAUAUAUAUUUCAAUAAAGUUUUUGUAACCUAAAUUUUAGUCUUGUAUAUACAGUAUUUUCCUUUGGCUUUUAUUUCUUUCUGAAAAAAUCGAACAGUGGUGCCCUAAGUUAGCACUAAGAUAGCUCCACAUACAUAAGUCAGAUCAGCCCUAGGAGUACUUAAUAGCAUACCAGAACCUGAUCCACUCUGAGGCGCAGAAAGCAUGAGAUUACUACGCUUUUCCAUAGAUUUUCAUGAAAGCAGACAAUAACAAGGACACAGCAAAUCUUCAAUCUGGUACUAAGUAUUUC